GUCAGCCAGUGCAUGAACAGUGAAUAAGUACGUUUGUGUUGCUGUUCCUGUCAUACUCACACUUCGCGGCGCGUUUUCUCCCCUCUCACUAUCUCCUCCAACUUCGACAUCUGGUUCUUCACCCUUACCUCACUUUGUCGUCAAGUCUGUCGUGAAUCUCCGCCAACUUUGACCUCUGAUUCUUUACCCUCGCCUCACUUCGUCGUCAAGUCCAUUGCCAAUCCCCUCCAACUUCGAGCUCUGAUUCUUCACCCUCGCCUCACUUCCUCGUCAAGUCUGUCGUGAAUCUCCGCCAACUUCGAGCUCUAAUUCUUCACCCUCGCCUCACUUCCUCGUCAAGUCUGUCGCCAAGUCAGCAUGGCAUCGACAGAACGCCCAUCUCCAUCGGAGAUGUCACCGUUGACUCAAAUCUCAUCCGUUGAACUGCAGAUGCUCUCCGUCGACCAAAUUCUCGACAAAUACGAGCCAGUCAACGGCAAGGACGAUACGAUCAAGAUCCUUCGAGCAUUUUUGGAUGAUCUCCCCCUGGACGGCAAGAAAAACCUCAUGGAUGAUAUAGAAGCUUGCUCGCUGAAUUUGAAGGCGCUAGCUGAUUCCCUGAGGGAUGAGGUCCUCGGACCACUGAGAGCAAUGGGUGGUCAGACUGCAGAACCGACACCAAAUCCACGGCCUGGACGGGAAGAGUCAGUGGAGAUAAUGGCGAGCAACAUUGUCGAGUCGGCCAGUCGCAAUGACCAGAAAUGGCUGAAGGAAUGCUGUCUCAAGCGCGAUGGCCAGAGAUGUAUCAUUUCGGGGAUAUUUGAUUACAAUUACGUCCAGAAGAACGCGCUUGAUGAGGAAGGGGAAGAGACGGAGUGCACGCACAUUAUCCCAUUUGCGAUGGGGCACUUCGAAACCGACGCCAAGGCCCGAGAACUGCAGGGCACAUGGGUGGCAAUGCGGCGAUACUUUCCGAUACUCACCGACCCCACUCAUCAUUUCUCCCAGGAGAAUAUCAACGAGUGUAGGAACGCCAUGACGCUCCAUCACGGUCUCCACCGCAACUUUGGCAAGUUUCGAAUUGCUCUAGAUCCUACAGAGAAAGAGAAUGAGUACAAUAUUCUCCAGUUUCGUGCGACAGCCACUGCAAAACGCUUCCUACCAGCCAAUAACAAGAUCCUCUUCACUCAGCACGACUCCCGCUAUGCCAUGCCCAGUCCGGAGCUUCUUCGUAUCCACGCUAUCAUCGCCAAGGUGCUUCGUGCUUCUGGACAGGCGGAAUAUAUCGACAAGAUCCUCCAGGAUCGGGACAACACGGGCGUGCUUGCAACUGAUGGCUCCUCCAACGUUGGGGCAUUUCUAUCGAUGUCUCAACUUUCCCUCAUCGCUGCCCCAGCAAGAUCCAUGUCGGAGAAUGUUCGUCCAGGGGGAGAAAAACAGGCGGAAAGGCGCUCCGAAGCUAGGUUCGGGGAGAGGCAGGAGAAUUUCGGUCAAUAAACUCGAUUCCUCAUAGAUCGUGAAGUUGAGGCCAUGAUGGAUCGGCUUUGGAGUUGCUGUGAUCUGAUUCAAAGUCCUUGGUGUUCA